AUGUUCAUUACAGAGUUGUGGCAGUCGAUAUUCACUCCGGGUACAACUCCUGCGUUGCUCAAGGCCACACACGCGUCUUUUAUCUUGUUGAUUUUGUCGUUAAUAUGGUUGAUUUACCUUAGUGGGUCCAUUCAUUUCAUCAACUUAUUGGUGAUUGCCGUGCUUUUAUACGCAACGGUGAUCUGGUUUGUCAACGAGUUGGAGCAAGUCAAAUUGAAAAGCAAUGACGAUAUAGAGCAGGAAGAGGAUCAAGCUGAACAAACUGAAAAAACUGAAAAAAGUGAAGAAACUGAACCAAAAAAUCAAACUAAACAAUCUGAACAAUCUGAACAAUCUGAACAAUCUCAGUCUUCGACAACUGGUUCCAAAGGCUCAAGCUCAGCUCCUAGAAAGAGAAAAGUAUAG